CUGCAAUGCUGCGCGUGUUCACUAACUGUUGAUUUUUGUUACCCUUUAUUUUGCUUCCCUUCAGCACCACCAAAGUUUUUAAGAACACCCAAUGACCAAACAGGCGUGCAGGGAGGUGUGGCAUCCUUCAUCUGCCAAGCCACAGGAGAUCCACGACCGAAGAUUGUGUGGAACAAGAAGGGGAAGAAAGUCAGCAACCAGAGAUUUGAGGUGAUAGAGUUUGAUGACGGCUCUGGUUCGGUGCUAAGAAUUCAGCCAUUGCGCACGCCCCGAGAUGAAGCCAUAUAUGAAUGUGUCGCCUCCAACAGUGUUGGAGAGACGAGUGCAACCACCAGACUCACUGUUUUACGUGGUAGGUCCUCACCAACAAAGAAAAUAAAAUAG